AUGCCCGUCUACGAGAUCCGACACUCGUACCCGCUCAGCCAGCACCAAAAGUCGCUGCUGGCGGCCAAGAUCACCGAGCUGCACAGCACCGAGUUCCUGACCCCGUCCCUGUUUGUGAACGUGCAUUUUUCCCCCGGCGAGCCGGCCACCGAGUUUUUCUUGGCCGGCAAGCCGUACAACAACGGCGUCACGUCGCCGAACCGCAUCAUGGGCUCGGUGCGCACGGGGCCCAAGCGCACCAAGGAGAGGUGGGACGCGUUUGCCCUGCGGCUCCAGGAGGCUUGGUACGAGGUCGUCAACGGGCCCAAGGAACAAGGUGGCCGCAACGGUGUCAAUGGCCAUCACGGCGAGAUCAGCAAUGAGGAGAGACGGGCCAGGAAGUUGCACCUCCUGGGCUUUAGACCCGUGAUUGGCGGGCUCGAGAACGGCGUUCUUCUUCCAAGUGCCGAUAACGAAGCGACAUGGCUCAAGGACAACAUGGCCUUCUUCAAGGAGCAGGCCGAAGUCUACGACGACGAACCCUUCCAGGGUCUCCUCAAGGAAUUGAACGAGAGGCCGGACUUGAGGAAGUUGAUCGAGUGA